UGUGGUUUAAAAGCUAACACACAAUGGGGUUUACACUAUACCACCAACAUUUUGUGGAUCAGACUUGUAUCUUUUCCUUGAUCCCUAGAAUUUCAUCUAUACAUCUAGACUCUAGUCUUCAAAAUUCCCAGGCGUCCAAGCCUUUUCUUUUGCCAUCGGAAGCUACACCUACACGGGCCCAACUCACACAACAGGUCCAAGUUGUCAAAUACUCAAAUCCCACCACUCUUUCAAUCCCUGCGCUGCUUUCCCUCCAAAAACCUUCACUGACUCUCUCAUUCACUCUUCUUAGCCAAAGAAGAUCAAGAAACAAACAAACAAACAAACAAACACCAUUCACUCACACUGUCACACAUCUCUCUGUUUCUCCAAGAUGCUGAAGGCUCUUUUUGCCCGCAAGAAAAGCUCGCGUCCCUUCAAAGACUACCACUCCGAGUGGUUCAACACCCUCAAGAACACGCUCUUACCCCUCCUCCGAAGCUCAAUGUCCGGCUCAGUCCCAACCCUCUCCACCCACGUUGAAAUGCUCCACCAACACUUCCAAUCCUACUACGAAGCCCUCGACCUCGCCGCCUCCCACGAUGUCUCUCAGCUCCUCUUCCCCUAUUGGCGCAACUCCCUCGAGAAGCCUUUUCUUUGGCUUGGCGACCUCCAUCCCUACCUCUUCACCAACCUCCUUCGCUCAUACCUUGAGGACACUGAUGAAGAAGAAGAAGAGACAGAGGAUGAAUUCAAUGAUGAUGUGGUUCGAGAGAAUUAUAAGUACUUAUUCGAUAAACCGUGGGAGGUUGCAAUGGCAUGGAAGAACCCGAGUAGAAACUUGACGACCCGGGUUGAUCAAAUUGAGUGUGGACUAAGGCUGAUGGUGCCGGCAUUGGUGGACAGGGUGAGGAAUGCGCAGGCGGGGCUGGUGGAGCGUGUGGCGGAGGAUUGGGUCUGGUACCAGGGGAGGAAAGAGGCGGCUAGACCAGUCAUUGUGGAGGCGGUGGAGGCCGAGAUGGAGGAGAUGGUGAGCGCGUUCUUGGAUGCUAAUAGGAUGAGAAGGAGCGUUCUUGCAGAGAUUAUCAGCGCCACCAGUGUGUAUCAGGGGGCUCUGUUUCUUGAAGGGCUAGCCCAAUUUCUUGUUGGGUUGAGGGACCCUCAACUGCUCGCCCAAUUCGAAAGUUGCCAGAUGCCUCUCAAUAAACCAAGCCGCAUUGCCCUUUGAUCCUUAUAUUUAUUUUGUGUUCUUGGUCUGAAGUGUGGGAUUAAUUGAACUUUCUUGCAUUUCUUGGAGCAUUUUUCUUCUAUAUAUGGAGUUCUUGGGCAAGUUUUCUUUGCUAUGUAGUUCAAUUCCAUUUGUUGAAAUUCCAUUUAUUGUUGUGAAGCAUGCAUAUUUUUCUGCUAUGAUUUUUUUGACUUUGCCCGGGAACAAAGUUAUUGGCAGAGUAUAACCUUUUUCUUUAUCUGUAAUAGUUCUUUGGUUGUAACUUCUCAAGGGAAGUGGAAAAUUUUACGUCGUCUUUAAUCUA